AGGGAGCCCAGCUUUUCGAGUCCCGCGCACCGAGGCAGGGGAGCGCGGCGCCCUGCCCUGGCGGACACCCGGCGUCCACACGUCGCCAUGGGGCGCUCUCGGAGCCCGCCGCCUCCGCCACUGGUCCUGCUGCUGGUGCAGCUUUUGUGGCCUCACUUGAUUUCUAUCUUUGCAGGAGACUUCCUUCCCACAGAGAACAGGCUUAUGAACAGCUGUAUCCAAGCCAGAAAGAAAUGUCAGGCUAAUCCCGCUUGCAAGGCUGCCUACCACCACCUGGAUUCCUGCACCUCGGGUGGAAGCACCCCAUUGCCCUUCGAGGAGUCUGCCCUGUCUCCGGACUGCCUCGAGGCAGCACAACAACUCAGGAACAGCUCCCUGAUGGGCUGCACGUGCCACCGGCGUAUGAAGCACCAAGCUACCUGUCUGAACAUUUAUUGGACCGUUCACCCUGCCCGAAGCCUUGGUGACUACGAGUUGGAUGUCUCCCCCUAUGAAGACACAGUGACCAGCAAACCCUGGAAAAUGAAUCUCAGCAAGCUGAACAUGCUUAAACCAGACUCGGACCUCUGCCUCAAAUUUGCCAUGUUGUGUACUCUUAACGACAAGUGUGACCGCCUGCGCAAGGCCUACGGGGAGGCCUGCUCAGGGCUCCGCUGCCAGCGCCACCUCUGCCUAGCCCAGCUGCGCUCCUUCUUUGAGAAGGCGGCCGAGUCCCACGCUCAGGGCCUGCUGCUGUGUCCCUGCGCGCCGGAAGAUGCGGGCUGCGGGGAACGCCGGCGCAACACCAUCGCCCCCAGUUGUGCUCUCCCCUCCGUGCCCCCCAAUUGCCUGGAUCUGCGGGGCUUCUGCCGCUCCGACCCUCUGUGCAGAUCACGCCUGAUGGACUUCCAGACCCACUGCCAUCCUAUGGACAUCCUCGGGACCUGUGCCACUGAGCAGUCCAGAUGUCUGCGGGCAUACCUGGGGCUGAUUGGGACUGCCAUGACUCCAAACUUCAUCAGCAAGCUCAACACUAGCGUGGCCUUAGGCUGCACCUGCCGAGGCAGUGGCAACCUGCAGGACGAGUGUGAACAACUGGAAAGGUCCUUCUCCCAGAACCCCUGCCUCAUGGAGGCCAUUGCAGCUAAGAUGCGUUUCCACAGACAACUCUUCUCCCAGGACUGGGCGGCCUCUACCUUUUCUGUGACGCCACAGCAGAACAAUCACCCUGCUCUGAGGCCACAGCCCAGGCUACCUGUUCUUACGUUCUUCAUACUUUCCUUGAUUCUGCCUCAGACCCUCUGGUAGCUGGGCUUCCCUGGGUCCUUUGUUCUCUCCACCGCACCCGGACGACUUGCAGCCUGUUAUGAAUGAGAAAAUGACAGCCCCUGGAAGAAGAUGUCAUUGGGCAACCCGGCAUCCGUGAACCAAGCAGGCAUCCCCCUGCAUCUCCUGUGUGCUCCAGAAGAGGUCUUAGUGGAAUCAAGGGGCUGUGGCCUUCAGAUCCUGAGAGGCUAGUUUUCAAACGUCCCUUACCCCUGCUUCUGGCGCAGGCUGCCUUUCCUUAGGACUAUCCGGCUUGGCCUUAUAUUCUGGUGGGGACUUGCUCCCCACCUCCCAGCCCUUCUUUACCAGGACCACCCAGAGCCUAACACAUCAGUCAUUCCUGUUGCAUUCUCCAGGCAGGAGGGGCUGAGGGUUCUGAGGCAGCACAGCAAGAAGGUCCCUUUGUGAGGAAGGCUGGUGCUCCAGCCCCUCCUCCCCUCGGUGAGGAAGGUGGGAACCUAUUGUCUUCACUGCUUUGCCAGGCAACUCUGAACAUUUGGGCAUGAAGA